AGUGUUUUCAAAUAGAAACGAAGACGAAUAUCUGAAACCACACAAAGCUUGAGCACUAUUGUGCGCGUUCGCCGUCGUGGAAUCACAAAUAAUCCCGAUUACAACGGCAAAACAUGGGGAGAUAGAGGUUAGAUUUUCACGCUGAUUGGACGUCGGCCCCCCUUUGCGACCCCUCCCCCCGCCCCAGAAGGAAAGAGGAAGCGUGUGGCCCCUGAGCGGCCCCUGAGCGGCCCCUGGUCUGAGCAGUGGGCCGGUGGAGUAUGACCCAGUACCAGUCCUCUCCCAGCAGCAUAGUCAGCCUGUCCGCCUUCUCCAGCUCUGCCUCGCCGCUGUCCGCCAGCAUGGCCAACAGCGCCGCCGCCACCCCCGCCAAGGUGCUGGGCACCCCCGCCCCGCCCGGGAGACUCAGCCCCGAGGGCUCGCAGGUUCUGAGCAAGAAGAAGCUCCAGGAUCUGGUGCGUGAGAUCGACCCCAACGAGCAGCUGGACGAGGACGUGGAGGAGAUGCUCCUGCAGAUCGCCGACGACUUCAUCGAGAGCGUGGUGACGGCCGCCUGUCAGCUGGCCCGCCACCGCAAGUCCAACACCCUGGAGGUGAAGGACGUCCAGCUGCACCUGGAACGACAGUGGAACAUGUGGAUUCCUGGAUUCGGCUCCGAUGAAAUCCGGCCCUACAAGAAGGCGUGCACCACAGAAGCCCACAAGCAGAGGAUGGCGCUGAUCCGCAAAACCACCAAAAAAUAGAGAGAGCAGCAGCUGGAGCUCCUCCCCUCCUGCUCUUCUCUCUCCUCUCCCUCUCUCUCUCCUUUUCUCUCUUAUCUCUCCCUUUCUUCUGUCUCCCUCCCUGCUGACAUUCCCUGGCCUGCGGUUUGGGAGACGAGCGCUGAAGGAGGAGAGGAGGAGAGGGGGAGAGGAGGAGAGGAGGAGAGCGGGUGUGACAGAGUUAAAGGGGCUUUUAUUGUGUGCGUCUGUAAGGUCGCAGAUUUGGGUGGGCGGGUGGUUAGUUUGUGGCCUAUCGUCUGUGUGGCACAUGCGUGUUGUCAGUUUAAUUUUCUCCAUGCUGGCCGUCUCCCUGUUCUUCCUCCCCUCCCCCGCCCCCGCCUCCUCUUCCUCUUCCUGUUGCAUCACUCUCUCCCCUCCUCUCCUCUCCUGUCAGUCUUGCUGUGCCACUGAGCACUGAGGAGGGGGUGGCCCCACACACACACACACACACACACACUCUCUCUCUCUCUCUCUCUCUCUCUCUCUCUCUCUCUCUCUCUCUCUCUCUCUCUCUCUCUCUCUCUCUCUCUCUCUCUCUCUCUCUCUCUCUCUCUCUCUCUCUCACACACACACACACACACACACACACACACACACACACACACACACACACACACACACACACACACACACACACACAC